AUGAGAGCAGAAGCCAUCAAGACAUCGGACACAGGCGGAGCCGUCGAUCCCGAUCUCAUCAUAGGCUACAACAUUGCCAAUUUCGACUUUCCCUAUCUGCUCGCCCGAGCGAGGCACCUCGGCGUGGGGAACUUCGAGCACUGGUCACGCCUCCUUGGCGUUGCCUCCAAAGCAAAAGAUACCAACUUCACCAGCAAACAAAUAGGAAGUCGAGACUCAAAAUCCACCAACACAAAUGGUCGACUACAGCUCGAUCUGCUUCAACUAGUGCAACUUGAUCACCAUCUCCGCAGCUACACCCUGAACUCUGUCUGCUCCCAUUUCUUAGGCGAGCAGAAAGAAGACGUUCACUACACAAUGAUUACCGAGCUUUUCAAUGGGAGCCCCGAAACGCGACGUCGGCUGGCUCUCUAUUGCUUGAAGGACGCUUACUUGCCCCAAAGACUGAUAGACAAGCUCUCAUGCCUUGAGAACUACACUGAGAUGGCAAGAGUCACCGGUGUACCGUUCAAUUAUUUGUUGGCGAGAGGUCAACAGGAAGCCAAUGAUGAGCAGUACGAAGGUGCCACAGUUAUCGAGCCCAAACGCGGAUUCUAUGAUGUGCCAAUCGCCACGCUGGAUUUUGCAUCCCUUUACCCCAGUAUCAUACAGGCGCAUAACCACUGCUACACCACUUUGGUCAACAACAAGGCCAUUGAGACGCUCAAUCUUGAGAAAGAUGACGACUACAUUGUCACUCCGUCGGGUGCCACAUUUUUAACGACAAAGCAGCAAAAAGGACUGCUAGCUCAGAUCCUGGAUGAACUGCUCACCGCAAGGAAACAGGCGAAGCGAGAACUCUCGGUGGAGAAGGAUCCGUUCAAAAAGGCAGUGUUGAACGGGAGGCAGCUGGCGUUAAAGAUCAGUGCCAACUCCGUAUAUGGCCUAACUGGUGCCACAACUGGGAAGCUUCCGUGCCUUGAGAUCGCUAGUAGCACGACUGCCUUUGGCCGAAAGAUGAUUGAGAGGACGAAGGAAGAGGUCGAGAAUCUUUACACCAUUGCUAAUGGUCAUUCUCACGACGCUGAAGUCAUUUACGGUGACACCGACUCGGUCAUGGUCAAGUUCGGCACCAAAGAUCUCUCCGAGGCGAUGAGACUGGACGAAGAGGCGGCUAGGCUCGUAUCCUCCAAGUUUAUCACGCCAAUCAAGCUUGAAUUUGAAAAGGUUUACUAUCCAUAUCUGCUUAUCAACAAUAAGCGGUACGCCGGCCUGUACUGGACCAAUUUGAAAGCGUACGACAAGAUGGACACGAAGGGUAUCGAGACGGUUCGGAGAGAUAACUGUUUGUUAGUGCAAACUGUUAUCGACAAAGUUCUCAGAAUGAUUCUCAUCGACCAGGACGUCUCGGGUGCCCAAGAAUACGUGAAAGAUACGAUCGCAAACCUGUUACAAAACAAAAUUGACAUGUCCAAGCUCGUCAUUACCAAAGCGUUGACCAAGGAUGACUACGCAGUCAAGCAAGCUCAUGUUGAGCUUGCUCAACGGAUGAGGAAACGCGAUGCUGGCUCAGCGCCUGGCCUUGGUGACCGGGUUGCGUAUGUUAUGAUCAAGGGUGCGGCCGGAUCCAAGAACUAUGAGAAGUCAGAGGAUCCGAUCUACCUUGCGAAGCCUUUGGGCAGGAUUUUCGAGCCGAUCCUAGGGGAGUCAAAAGCCAACUUGCUACUUUCGGGAGCACACACACGGACUAUUUCAGUUGCCGCGCCGACCGUUGGUGGGCUAAUGAGAUUCGCGAAGAGAACACUGACUUGUAUGGGCUGCAAAAAACCCUUGGCGGACAAGGAGGAGAACGCUGGCGCAGUGUGCUCGAGUUGCGCACCCAGGGUCGGUGAACUGUACAAGAAAACACUGGACGUGGUGUCAAGCUCAGAGGUGCGGUUCGGACGAUUGUGGACACAAUGUCAACGGUGUCAGGGCAGCUUGCACUGCGAGGUAAUUUGCAGUAGCAAGGAUUGUCCUAUUUUUUACAUGAGAAUGAAAGCGAAGAAGGAUCUCGAGGACGCAGGGAAGGAGCUCAAACGGUUUGACUUUGACCAGGCAUCUGUUUGGUCCCUGCCUAACGCUAAUGAAAUGGAGAACUCUGAGGCAAAGACGAAAACAACCUUUCUUCAGAUGCUCGUCUUGUAUGGGCUCCUGAUAAACCCCAUGGACGAGGGCUUGAGGGACCUCGAUCAUGCAGCACUGGUUGGCAUACUAGAAGCGAAAGCGAAAGCACCACCGCCCAAUCAAAAAGAGCUCCAUCUUAUCGCGAUUCUGCAUUGCGUUCUGGAUUUAGCUGGUGGUAAGUUUAGCAACACGUCGUCAAUCGAAGAGGUUGACCAUGCUUUCACUUUCGCCGAAAACCUACAACUUUGUGGGCACUUUCUGGGUAUACAGCCCUCGGACAAUCAUUAUUGCAGAAUUGAUUUUGCAGAGGAAAUUAAAUCUCUGGCAACAGCACAGAGAGACCCAACAAACAAGGUUCAAACCGUGGAAAUCCUUGCCACCAUUUCGGCAUUCGGCCAAGAGGACGAUCUGCAUCAGCGCCCCCUUGAGCUACUGAGAGACCUCCAGAGUUUGGAUGUUCUUCUGCCGUUUGAGACGUUGGCGGAAAUCCCAGACCAGUUGACUAUGCACUUGAACCCGCAUGAGGCCGCAAGUCUUAAUGACUUCGUCACCGAAACCAAAAAUCUCCGGAUAUUAUCCUCUCCCAAGUGUGGUUCUUGGACGUUUCUACUCUGGGCCUCUACCCACGCCAAGCCCGCUUUCAACUCGGAAAUAACUAAAUGGAUGCAAAACUCUGAGGUUUUGCCGUUAUUCAGAUUCGCCUUAUUCAGGUAA